UAAGUGUGAGGACUGGUUGUAAGUCACUUUUUUCAACACCAUCGUAACUUCGAACGGUUGUUAAAUGAAUGGCCAUAAGUCGAGGACGACCUGUAAUACUGAGUUGUCAUGGGAGGUGGUAGCUUCAAGCCAACCUUGGAUAUGCUCAAAAAAGCUAAGCAGGGUUGAAUUUGGUUAAAGUUUGGAUGGGAGACCACCAGCGUAUCCCUGAGCCCUAGGGUGGGAAGUUGAAAAGAACGCAAAAUAUCCAGGAUGUCAACAGUGGCCAACUCCUUCCAUAUUGCUGGCAGGAAAACUACAUGGACAAAUUUGAUUUAUUGGUUAUUAAGUUGGGCCCAAAAGAAGUGCUACCUUUUAAGGCUAAACUGACAUCCCAUCGGGGCGUCAGAUCUUUUUUUAAUGGGUCCUUCUUUUAUGUGGACCUUCCUCCAGCUAGCACAGUGUUUUUCAAGCUUGGCCACUUUAAGAUGGGUGGACUUCAACUCCCAGAACUCCCCAGCCAGCACGGACACCCCUGCCGAUGGCCACCAUGCCUGUCGACCCCUUUCACGAGAGAAAGGAAAGCCGGGGGGAACCUCCCCAGGGAUCACCGGGGAGGGCAAGACAAGGGGGAGAGCGAGGGGUCAGUUGGCUCUCCUGGGGCAGGGAAGCAUCGGGAACGUGAAGAGUGGGCAGGGGGGGGCAGGAAGGAGACUCACCGUGCUGGGAAAAGGAGCGGAGUGGAGAGGAUUUGCCUCUGCAUCGCAUUUGCAACUUUUGGGGUUUUCCUCCCCGUGGUCUUCCUUCCCAGGGCUUUGGCUGGGCAUGCUGAUCUGCACUCUGGUCCCCUGCAUCUGCUCCAUCACGUACAUCAUCCGGAUGAACUGGAACCAGGUGGCUGCAGAGGCACAGCACCGUGCCAAACUGUCGCAGAAGCCAGUGGAGGAUUUGAAUUCAGCUCCCAUUCCUGAGAAGAUUGUUUCCUGUUCUGGACGAACUGAUGCCCAGAACGGCGUUGUGCUCCUUAGCUUCACCACGGUAGAUGGCCCAACCUUGCAGGAUAAGAAGAUGGCCAGCCUCCCCGCGGCGGGCCAAGUUCUGACGACAAAGCAACUGAUCGUGAGGCGGGGGCUGGCGGCGGGGGCCGCGGUGGGCAUCCUGGCCGUCGGAGUGUUGAUACGGAUAUUCACGGUGUAAGGUUAGAGGCUGGGAAGGAGUAGAACAGACGCGUUGAACCCGAGGCAAGAAAAGGAGGGCGAGAUGCCCACCGGCAGUGGCCUGGCUUGUCCAGCAGGGGGUGCCAGUGGGAGUGAUACCAGCAGGAGGCGCCCAUCUCGGCACAACAUUGCACAACAUCAGCCUUUUUGCUCAGCAUCACGUGUUCUUGCAAAGAAAAAUUUAUAUUCGCCCGGACACCAGGAAGUGUCACCGAAGGGGAAGGUGGACGAAACCGGCGUCUCCGCGUGCAAAGAAUGAAAACACUCCGUUCUCGGUUGGGUUAUGAAAGUUUAUUUCCAGCACACAGCCAUUUGGUGUAGAUAAACCUUAAGCACAGCCACAUUUAUUCAAUGUAAUCUUUCCAGAUAAAACCUUUUAUUAG